AUGAGAACCCUUUCUUCCACGUACACACUCUUUGCCUCUCUUCCAUCAUAGCUUUCCCCUGACGUGUUUCUUCCUUCUCUGGGUUUUGGGGCUUUACCAGAGAAAACGCCAAAGAACAACUUUUGUUUUCUGACGGAUUAGGGUUUAUCGGGAUUUGAAACGGUUUUGUUAGAAGAUGACAAGAGUCAAAACCAAACUAGAUGAUGAUCUGUCGUCUCCUUGGUUUUAUACUGUUUGCACCAUGGGAGGAAUGCUUAGUGCCGGAACUAUCCAUUUGGCUAUAACUCCUCUUGAUGUCCUCAAAGUCAAUAUGCAGGUGAAUCCUGUGAAGUACAAUAGCAUUCCUUCUGGUUUCUCCACUUUAUUAAGAGAGCAUGGAUAUUCUUAUCUUUGGAGAGGUUGGUCAGGGAAGCUAUUAGGCUAUGGUGUUCAAGGUGGAUGCAGAUUCGGACUAUAUGAGUACUUCAAGACACUCUACAGCAAUGUGUUACCUAAUCAUAACAGAACUUCAAUAUAUUUUCUCAGCAGCGCUUCUGCUCAGGUAUUUGCCGAUAUGGCUUUGUGUCCUUUUGAAGCAAUCAAAGUUAGAGUUCAGACGCAGCCUCUGUUCGCAAAAGGUUUGCUUGAUGGAUUUCCAAGAGUAUAUAGAAGUGAAGGUCUUGCCGGCUUCCACAGGGGACUUUUUCCGCUCUGGUGUCGUAAUCUUCCAUUUGCAAUGGUGAUGUUCUCAACGUUUGAGCAGUCAGUUGAGUUUAUAUAUCAAAAGGUUAUCCACAAAAGGAAGCAAGAUUGCUCUAAAGCUCAACAGCUCGGUGUCACAUGUCUUGCUGGCUAUACUGCUGGAGCUGUAGGUACAAUCAUCUCUAACCCCGCAGAUGUGGUUGUCUCGUCUCUCUACAACAACAAAGCCAAAAGUGUACUGCAGGCUGUGAGGAAUAUUGGGUUUGUUGGUCUUUUCACGAGAAGUCUCCCUGUUCGGAUCACAAUUGUUGGACCUGUCAUUACCUUGCAAUGGUUCUUUUAUGACGCCAUCAAAGUCUUAAGUGGAUUCCCUACAAGUGGAGGAGUGAGGAAACCAUUGGAAGCAACUAAAUUAUCACUGUGAAGCUUAGAAGAGUAGAUCUACCUAUAUCAAAACCAGAACGAGGAACUCAAAACACACUAUCAUGUAAGAUUCUCUUGCAAGUAGAUAUCCAAGCGUUGUAUAGCGGUUGGAAUGAGCAUUUGAUAUUUUAGUCUCAUGGAAAAAAAUGCAUUUGUUUGUCCAACUCCUGCCUGAGAUUGGAUUGUAAGUAAGGUGCUAAUGAGUGAUAUUUCUUGUAAACAGAAAACAAUAAUCUUUUAACUCAAUGAGGUAAAAAAGGAAAGUGUCUGGUUUUAUCUUUGUUA